AUGUCUACCGAACCUCAGAAUUCUGGCGGCCCGGGGAGCCGGCCGAGCAGUAAAGAUGGCAACAAGAAGAAUAUUUGGUCGUCGAUGCUGGAUAAUGUGGCCAGUGGGAAGCGUCUUCCAGAGAAGAAUAUAGUUGUUUUGGGAGGCACGCCUGAAAGCCAAAGGGAGUUUUUGGACACACUAUCAUCCGAUCCAUCCGAUCCUCAAUUGCCCAACGAGAGGAGGAGGGGCAAAGUAGCGCCUGUUGCGAACGAAUUUGCGCUCGGCUACACCUACCAAGAUGUUCUCGAUGCUGAUCAAGAAGAUAUUCUUGCACGCCUCUCUAUCUACAUGCUCUCCGACCCCUCGCCCUCGUUUGCACCUCUUAUACGGCCCCUCCUGACACCACAAUCGAUUCCGGAAACAUUAAUCGUGGUAUUGCUUGAUUGGUCCUCUCCAUGGACCUGGCUUCGCCAAUUGCGCGAAUGGAUUCGGCUUUUACGUUCUGUGCUGAUUUCGCUGGACGAUGAGACAAAGAUUGUCAUGGAAGAAGUCAUGAGCGAGUGGAAGGAUAAGAAAAGAGGACUUGACUCUUCUUCAACUCCGGGUGUCGCGAACUCUGGAGGACCAGUGACGAUACCGUUAGGGCCUGGCGAGUGGGACGAAGGUCUAGGAGUUCCUCUAUGUGUUGUCUGUCAAGGGGCAAACAAGAUAGAACAACUGGAAAAGGAGAAUGGGUGGAGAGAAGAAGAAUUUGACUUCAUCCUCCAGUUUAUGAGAACUGUUCUCCUCAAACACGGCGGUUCACUCAUUUACACAACACCUUUCCUUGCAAAUUCUCUACAGAGUUUGAUCCAUUCGUCAUUAAGUAUUCAUUCACUAUUGAAAAGGCAAUCCCUUAAGCACAAUGUGAUCGACCGAGAUAAGAUUUUGGUCCCGGCAAAUUGGGAUUCUUGGGGCAAGAUUCGAAUCAUCCGAGAAGGAUUCGACAUUGAAGGCGUCGGUGACGCCUGGUCGAUUGAGAUACAAGAAACGUCACGCCAUUGGGCGAAUGGAUCUACGGGGGACGAAGCCCAGAAUUCUUCCGACUCUGCAGCACCUUCGGCUGAAGAUGGUACAAGUGCCGUUGUGAUAUACGAGCAAACGAUUAAAGAUCCAAAACAACACCUAGGAGCUCCCGGUAGCAAUACGCACGCGGACAGGAGCCAGAUUGAGAUUGAGACGCAGGAUAUGCAGGGAUUCUUGGGCCAACAGGUCGAUGUAUUGGAACAACUCAAGGUAGACGACGAAAAGGACCGAGCGGCCAACAAGGUUCCAAAGCAGUUGGACAUGUCUCCUGACCUGGAAGAGUCUGGGCGUGUUAAUGAGCAUAUUGGGCCGGUGCAGUUCAACAUGGGUGGUAUCCAAGUCGAUGCCGAUGACAUGCUUAGAAAGCUAAAGGAACGCGAGGCGAAUCGUACUCCAAAGAAAGAGACUGUCCCAGCCUCUGCUGCUGAUGAAAAGGCACACAACCAAGCACUCGCAAACUUUUUCGCUGGACUGGUCAAAAAACCUGGUGGCAGUCCCCGUAGCAGCCCUGCCCCAGGUUCAUCUAACUAA